UAAGAUCAGAAAUAAUGCUAACAGAAUCAUACAGGAAAUACAAAUCAGCCAAAUUUUAGAUCAUAUGAUUGCGUAUCUGGUGAUAUCGGUAGACGACAGACGCCGUAUUGAACAACAUGCUGGACAAGAUGAUCAGAACAAAGCAUUGCUGGAUAUUGUGAUUGAAAGAAAAGAACCUGCUUUCAGUGUGUUUGUUGAAGGAUUACGUAAUUAUGGAUAUGCAGAUAUCGCUGAUGAUUUGAAAUGUGAUUCACAAGAAGUGGGUCCAAGUACAACAUUAGUAGCUCUUGAACACGAAGGAUUAUCAGACUGGACUGUUCCGUUGUAUAAAAUUUGUCUGCAGAAGAAUUACCUCAAGGUUAUCACUGAUAUACAACAUGAGUGCAUAGUAGAUCAUCUAAUAACGAAAGAGGUAAUGUCGGUAGAUGAUGGGACAAAGAUAGAAUCUGGUAAAACCCCACAGGAAAAGAACAGGAUGUUAAUGGAAACGCUUUUACGUAAAAAUGUACAUGGAUUUAGUGAAUUUCUCGUAGCACUACGAAAAGACCCAGUUUAUACAAAUCUAGCAGAUCAAAUAGAAAACACAGCUGUAACAAUGAAAGAUAUGGCAAUCCUUCACAAGUGCUAUAAAUAAAAUAAAUGCAAUUUCUUUUAGAAAAAAACUAUACACGACAAGUUAAAGGCAGCUAGGACAAAUCAAUCAAUAGAAGGAGGUAUUGCCAAUUCUCAAUUAUUUGGUCGCUUAAAUAAUCAAAGUAAAAUAAUCAUAGUGUACUAGUGAUAACAUUCUUAUAUAUUAAACGUAUUUCAUGUAUGAUUGGCAUGACAAGAAAAAAACUAAAACAUGCACAAAUCGUCUUCACAAGUGUUCAUUCUUUAAAAGAUAAUGUGCAAGAGUCAUGACAUAUUUUGGCCAAUGAAAUAACUUCAGUGUAUUUGAAUAAGUCUGUAUUAUUGUAAAAAAAACUUGUUACGUGUACCCGAUUUAUAAUUUGUUAUGCCAGAAGUGUGCACGUGUGUUAAUCAGCUGCUCUUAGAAAUCAAUUAACUUUAAAAUGACCUUUGUAUAAAGUAAAUAACAUUAUUUAGAUGUCAGGAAAAUAUCAACCUAUGUCAAUCUUAAAAGUGUUAAAUUCUACCUUUUGGGUCUGAAUUUUAAGUCUAAUGAAUAAUAAAGUAUACACAUAUGAAAUAACUAAUUCGGAGGCCGGAUCUUGUCCUUGAGUUGUUUCUAAAAAAAAUUGACAGUGGUGUGUUGUAUAUGGUGUUUACCAAACAACUACUUUUCAAUGUUAACUUGUUAAUAAAAAUGUAUCUUCAUAAAUAUAAAAUGCACCGAUUUAUUUUGUAAAUAUAGUUGUUGCUACAUGACAUGAUAUUCCAUGAAUAAUGUUUUUGACAUAAUGCAUCUCUUUUUUCAAAUGAACUUAUCUUUCAUUUAUCAGAAAACAGGAUUUUAAAUCCAAAAAAAAAUAGUGCUAACCGUUUGCUUAUAUUAUAGUUUUAGAUAUUUGAAAGUGUUUGAAAUAAUAUCAAGUGUCAAAAAGGUUCGUAGACGCAACUCCAAGCAUAUGAUACUAGAUAUGUUAGACCUGUACAAAGUCAGGCUAUUCACCAUGUGUUUCUUGGUAUUUUACCUAAAUAUUAUAAAAUGUGUGCCUGAUUUUGCCUUUUAACCUUUUUAAUCGAGUGUCACUGAUGAUUUUGCCUUUCAACCUUUUUAAUCGAGUAUCAAUGAUGAUUUUGCCUUUUAACUUUUUUAAUCGAGUGUCACUGAAGAUUUUGCCUUUUAACCUUUUUAAUCGAGUGUCACUGAUGAUUUUGCCUUUUAACCUUUUUAAUCGGGUGUCACUGAUGAGUUUGCCUUUUAACCUUAUAAUCGAGUGUCACUGAUGAUUUUGCCUUUUAACCUUUUAAUCGAGUGUCACUGAUGAUUUAGUCUUUUAACCUUUUUAAUCGAGUAUCAAUGAUGAUUUUGCCUUUUAACUUUUCUAAUCGAGGGUCACUGAAGAUUUUCCCUUUUAACCUUUUUAAUCGAGUGUCACUGAUGAUUUUGCCUUUUAACCUUUUUAAUCGGGUGUCACUAAUGAGUUUGCCUUUUAACCUUUUUAAUCAAGUGUCACUGAUGAUUUUGCCUGUUAACCUUUUAAUCGAGUGUCACUGAUGAUUUUGCCUUUCAACCUUUUUAAUCGAGUAUCAAUGAUGAUUUUGCCUUUUAACUUUUUUAAUCGAGUGUCACUGAAGAUUUUGCCUUUUAACCUUUUUAAUCGAGUGUCACUGAUGAUUUUGCCUUUUAACCUUUUUAAUCGGGUGUCACUGAUGAGUUUGCCUUUUAACCUUAUAAUCGAGUGUCACUGAUGAUUUUGCCUUUUAACCUUUUCAAUCGAGUGUCACUGAUGAUUUUUUUUGUAAAUGAAACACACAAUGGCGUACACAAUGAUAAACCUUGAAUCUUUUAUGAGUUGUUUUUCUAUGUUGCACGUCUGUUUUUUUAUUAAAGAGAAGUCGAGUAUGUAAAUUCAAAAUGGCAUUAUUCAUUGGCAGUUCUACAAAAUGUAAUUUUUCAUUUCAUCACCAAUAUCAAUAGUUGUAUAGUUAUUAUUUUUUUUCAACUUAUUCGUUUAUUCAUUUAUCAGCUAUUUUUAUUGGUACUGUGGGAACAUGUGAAUGUUUAUAUAUUCUAUAAUAUUGUCAGAAAAAGGUGUUGCAACAGUUUUAAUAAUCCCAUAAUAAUAAUUUCAUAGAUAAUAUAUUUCUUCUUGUAUUCAAUCAUUCUAAACGUGUAAAUAAAAUCCUUAGCCAGAUUUAGUGACUUUAUACAUAUCUUGAAAAAUUAAGAUUGACAAAUUUAACAUGUCAUGAUACCAUUGUGUUUUUGUUGUUUUUCAUUUUGUUA